UAGGACUCGCACUCUAUCCAUCCAAAAACUCUAUAAAACCUCCUUUCUCCUCUAACCCUCAAUUCUUCUUCCCAAAAACUCUAUCAAACUCUUCUUUGCUCUUUGCUCCUCCCAUUUAAAAAUUGUUGACAUGGAUCCGAGCACGAGCAAGGAAUUAAAGGGAAAUCGAAACAGUAUGAUUUUUCGUGCUGACAAGAUCGAUCUCAAGAGCUUAGAUUUGCAAUUGAACAAAGUAUGGUCUAAGAAUUUCGAAACGCAGAAGAAAACAAGAGAGCCGUGGGAGAUCGAUCCUACUAAGUUAGAACUUGUCAAACUCAUAGCUCAGGGAAGCUACGGCACAAUUUACCGCGCCACUUAUGAUGGCCAGGACGUCGCAGUUAAGUUGUUGGAUUGGGAGGAUGGCACAAGAACAGCUGCUGAAGCAGCCGAGAUUCGAUCCUUAUUCAGAAAGGAGGUUGCGGUUUGGCACAAGCUCAGCCAUCCAAACAUCACAGAUUUUGUUGGCGCGUCGAUGGGGUUGCCACAGCUGAAAAUUCCCGUGAAAGACUCAUCGGACCGCUACACAAACGUUCCGCCAUUGUCAUGUUGUGUUGUGGUAGAGUAUCUGUCGGGUGGCACGUUGAAGCACUAUUUAUUCCAAAAUAGAAUAAAGAAGCUACCGUUUAAAGUUGUGAUCCAGCUUGCUCUGGACCUGGCUAAGGGGCUGAGCUAUCUUCACUCGCAAAAAAUUGUACACCGUGAUGUCAAAGCAGAAAACAUGCUUAUGGACUCGGAAAGAAAACUGAAAAUCGCUGAUUUUGGAGUCGCUCGUGUUGAGGCUAGUAAUCCAUGCGAAAUGACCGGUACAACCGGAACCCUAGGCUACAUGGCCCCAGAGGUACUCGAAGGGAAGCCUUAUAACCGGAAAUGCGAUGUUUACAGCUUUGGAGUUUGCGUAUGGCAAAUAUAUUGUUGUGAUCUGCCUUAUCCCGAUAUUAGCUUUGCCGAUAUGACUUCAGCUGUUGUUAACCAGAAUCUACGGCCGGACAUACCCCGUUGUUGCCCCAGCUCUCUUGCUAGCAUUAUGAAACGGUGUUGGGAUGCGAAUCCGAACAAAAGGCCGGAGAUGGACGAGGUUGUGAGGCUGCUCGAGUCAAUCGACACCACUAGAGGCGGCGGCAUGAUACCGGAGGGUCAGUUGACGGGCUGUUUUUGCUUUGCCCCGAGUAGGGGUCCGUAAAAUGCUCUAACUUAUUUGAGUUAUUUCAAAACAUUUGUUGUCAAGAGAUAUCCAAUUUUAGAGUAAUUUAUUUCUUGGCCUUUUUUCUUUGGACGAGGAUUGCUCAUUUUGUUCUUACUUUAGUGUCUUAUUAGUAAAUAUAAUGUUUCCAGACUUUCGAAGUGGGA